GCGUUUGAGGUAGUUUGGAUCCCCGGGCUUCCGUAGGAGCCGGCGCUUCCAAGGUCUCUGGCCCCGCCCUUAGCAACGCGCUGGCGUGGUAGCAACCAGCUGGCGGGCGGGAGCAGAGGUCCCUCCCGGUGGGCGGCGGCGGCGCGGGGCAGCGGCUCUCAGGGGCCUUCCGUUCUCGGUGGUAGGGCGUCUUUGAGUCCCUCCGCGGCGGGCACAUCGAAGGACCGAAGAGCCCCCAUGCCUCGCCAUGCCGAGGCCCCGGCGCCCGCCGAGGCCCCCUCCGCAGCCGAGGCCCCUUCGGCGGCCGAGGCCCAGGGGCCGCGCAGCAAGAGCAAGUCCGUCAGCCCUCGACAAAUCCCGGUCAUCGGGGUGGUGACGGAGGAUGAGGACGCUCAGGUUUGGUCCCGGGGUGCUUUAAAGCCUAUGGACCUACAGAGUAUCAUCAAAGUCCUUGAAGAGACCGCUCAUGAUUAUUUAGAAGAACAACUUAAAUCUGUCAAGACAUUGGUGCAGUAUUAUCAGAAUGGAUUUCCCCUAAGGGAUUUGGCACAGAUAUUUAAAAUUCUGAAUAUGUGUGCAGAAAAAAUUGAAAAACAGCCUGCUUUUCUAGAACCUACAUAUAAUAUCAUAAAAUUAUUCGGCUUGCCAUUUUUGAAAAAGAAAGUAUCAGAUGAAAUAACAUAUGCUGAAGAUACUGCUAAGUCAAUUGCACUUCUGGGUAAUUUAAUGAAAAUACCAAGUUCUGAAUUGAGGAUACAAAUUUGUAGGUGUAUUAUUGACUUUUAUCAUGCAGAACCACCAAAGAAGCAUAUUGCAGGUUACCAGCAAGCUAGCCCAACAUAUAAGAUUCAAAUGGCUGAAGUUGGAGGAUUGGCAAAAACAAUGGUUCAUUCAUUGGACUUGCUUGAAAAUCAACUUGUUGAGAAACUUUGGGUCCUUAAAGCUCUGCAACAUCUCUCAACUUCUGAAGUUAAUUGUACUCUAAUGAUGAGAGCAUAUGCAGCCAGAGGCAUCUGUGCUCACCUCAAUGACCCAGACCCCUCUGGGCAGCUUCUGUUUCGUUCAUCAGAAAUACUCUGGAACUUACUAGAAAAAUCGUCAAAAGAAGAAAUCAUAAAACAACUUAGUAACUUGGAGUGUUUGGUAACUUUAAAGGAAGUUUUUAAACAUCUGUUUACAAGAGGUUUUAGUGAUUAUGAUCGUCAGCUUAGAAACGAUAUAUUAGUGAUCACUACAAUUAUAUCUCAAAAUCCUGAAGCACCUAUGAUUGAAUGUGGCUUUACCAGGGAUUUGAUACUAUUUGCAACCUUUAAUGAAGUUAAAAGUGAAAAUCCUUUGGUGAAAGGUCUUAAGCUUUCUAAUUCCUAUGAAGAUUUUGAGUUGAAGAAAUUGCUGUUCAAUAUACUUGUGAUCUUAUGUAAAGAUUUGACUACAGUACAGCUAUUAAUUGAUGGCAAAGUUGUUUUGGCUUUGUUUACCUAUGUAAAAAAGCCUGAGAAGCACAAAAUAAUCGAGUGGUCUGCAGCACAGUAUGAAGAAUUACAACUGCAUGCACUUGCCACUUUGUCAACAGUGGCUCCUUUAUUAAUAGAAGAGUAUAUGUUGUGUCAGGGAAAUGCUCGGAUCCUGGCUUUUCUAGAAUGGUGUGAAAGUGAAGAAUGCUUCUUCAGUCACGGUAACAGUUUUCACGGCACAGGCGGCCGCGGCAACAAGUUUGCCCACUUGCGUUACUCUUUAAGACUCCUGAGAGCCAUGAUCCAUCUUGAGGAUGAGACUGUGAAUCAGGAUCUUUGCGAAAAGGGGACAAUUCAGCAACUCAUAGGGAUAUUUAAAUAUACAGUAAACAAGAUUAAUGACAAGGAAGAGGCCAUUCUUUUGGAAAUUCAAUCUGAUAUAUUACUUAUUUUAUCUUCUCUUUGUGAAAAUAAUAUUUCCAGGAAGGAAAUUUUUGGAACUGAAGGAGUGGACAUAGUUCUUCAUGUAAUGAAAACAGACCCGAAGAAGUUUCAGAGUGGAUUAGGCUAUACUGUACUUCUUUUUAGUACAUUGGACAGCAUUUGGUGCUGCAUCUUGGCAUGUUAUUCCUUAGAGGAUUACUUUCUUGAAAAGGAAGGCAUUUUUCUCCUUUUGGAUUUAUUGGCAUUGGACCAGAAGAAAUUCUGUAAUCUAAUACUUGCAAUAAUGGUUGAAUUUUGUGAUAAUCCCAAAACCCCGGUUCACGUCAAUACGUGGCGAGGGAAGAAGGAUCAAACAGCUGCCAGCCUUUUGAUUAAAUUGUGGAGAAAGGAAGAAAAAGAACUAGGGGUACUACGUGAUAAACGCGGGAUGAUUGUUGAUACAAAGAAACCUCUAUUUACUAGUUUUCAAGCAGAGCAAAAAAUCAUGCCAAUGCCUGCUAACUGCCCGACUAUUGCAGUUAUGGAUGUUGCAGAAAACAUUAGAGCAAAAAUUUAUGCUGUGUUGGGCAAACUAGAUUUUGAAAAUUUACCUGGCCUAUCUACUAAAGAUUUUGUGACCCUUUGUAUCAUACAUAGAUAUCUUGAUUUUAAAAUUGGAGAAAUAUGGAAUGAAAUUUAUGAAGAAAUAAAGUUAGAAAAGUUAAAACCAGUCACUACAGAUAGACAUGUUUUGCAAGCUAUUUUAACAGCUUCAGAAAAUGUUGGACAGAUGGUUGCUUCCCUGCAAUCUGAGAUGUGUGAUAUCCAAGCACGCCAGGAUGUGCAAGAUGAACAAAAAGUAUAUGCAAAAAUACAAGCCACACACAAGCAAAGAGAAAUGGCUAAUAAGUCAUGGGUAAACUUCUUGGCUAGAACGUCAAAUGCUAAAACUUUAAAGAAAGCAAAAAAACUUCAGGAAAAAGCUAUCGAAUCCACUAGAUACGGUGAACGACCAGCAAAUGCAAUAUUUCACCAGACAGAUAUUAAAGGCCUUAACACAACGGUGCUCUCUGGACGGGUAGUAGCAGUGGAGAGCACUCCUGCGCGGUUGGUGGGAGGACCUCUGGCUGAUACUGAUAUUGCUCUUAAAAAACUUCCUGUUCGAGGAGGAGCCUUACAGAGGGUGAAAGCAGUAAAACCUGCGGAUGAUCCAAAGAAUGUUCCUACAUAAAAAUGCUCUAUAGAGUUUUUGAGAUAAAUUCUGCAUGUAAUUUUUAGUUAAAUGUGUCUUUAUAUACAAAUAUAAGAAACAAAUAUUUUAGAAGAAAUAUUUUAGUAAAAUACUAUUAAAAAAAAAAGCAAGCACAUAGAUUUUAUUUUUAUUGGAAAAUAUCAACACAAAGCAUCGGAAAGGUGGUUAACAACUUUUUUGGAAAGGUUACUAAUUCCUUCAACUGAAUUUGAGAAACAUAUUAUAUCAGUCAAGACUCUUUUGGUUGUAUAUGAACUAUUCCAACUAAUUUAAGCCCCCCCCCCCCAAAAGGGGGGCGGGAUUUGGAUAGACUGUAGCUAUCUAAAUUAGGACUAAGUAAUUAAGACUACUGGCAUUGUUGGAUCUAAGGACCGAAACUCUGGGGGUAGGAUCUUCUCCUUCUCCAGCAGCUCCUGGAUUAUGUUCUCCCAGGUUCAUGUCCAGUAUAGAAAAGUACAUGCCUGUCUCUCAACAGUCCUGCAGCUGCCUCUGCAUCGUGGGGCUCCUGACUGGCUGCCCGCCCAUUCCUGAGCCAUUCACUAUCUGCAUCUGCCUACUCCCAGAGCCAGAAGUCUGCCAGCCCCACCCAAAGCAUAUGGAUGUAGUGGAGUAGGAACUCAGGAUAUUACUAUCAUGAGUAUAUACAAACACCAGGCACAAAAACAUUAGCAACAAAUAUGUUGGUCCAAGUGAAAUAAGUUAUCUCUGUUAUAAAAAGCAAAUGUUAGUCAUGAGGUAAACAAUAAAAAUAAAGAAACAGAUGGUUUUCUUUUCAUAUAUAAAUAUGCAAAACAAACU